AAUGUCAUCUUUGCUUUGGUUUACUGUGAAUGAUUUGAUUUGUUUAAUUUUUGUGUCUUCGUUUUCGUGCAGUUUAAUCUGAAUUUGCUAUUCAAUUUUAGUCACAAUUAUUGUAGUCAACGGGUCAUAAAUAACUUGUGUGAAAAUGUUUGGAUUCAAUGUUUUUCAAGAAAUAAGAAAUUUUAAUGUGACCUACAGAUGUUUUUCCGUGUCUAUGUUACCUGGUAAUGAGAGGCAAGAUGUAGAAAGAGGGGGCAAAAUAAUAAUGCCCCCAUCAGCUUUGGAGCAAUUAACCAGAUUGAACAUAGAAUACCCCAUGAUAUUUAAGCUGACCAAUAAGAAGACUAAGAGAGUCACGCACUGUGGAGUGCUAGAGUUUGUUGCUGAUGAAGGAAAAGUCUAUUUACCACACUGGAUGAUGGCGAACUUAUUGCUGGAGGAGGGUGCUUUACUACAGAUAGAGAAUGUGUCACUGCCUGUAGCAACAUUCUCAAGAUUCCAGCCUCUUUCUGAAGACUUUUUAGACAUAACAAAUCCUAAAGCAGUCUUAGAAAACUGCCUGAGGAAUUUCUCAUGUCUAACUUCAGGAGAUGUGAUAGCUAUCAAAUACAAUUCAAAGGUUUACGAGCUGUGCGUUUUAGAAACCAAACCGGGCAAUGCUGUUAUUAUUAUUGAGUGUGAUAUGAAUGUAGAGUUCGCGCCUCCAGUAGGCUACAAAGAGGAGCGCCACGUCUCGAAGGGCGAGAGUGGCGCGGACGGCAUGGACGAAGACCCCGCUGGUAUGAUGCCGGAGCCGAGCGGCUUCGUGGCCUUCAGCGGGGAGGGAAACAGGCUGGAUGGGAAGAAAAAGAAGCUUACCAGCGAGAGCGAAUCGGAACCUUCGAAUUCUAGACAGGCAUAUGUGAGAGGUAUUCCAGACUACGACUUCGUUAUUGGCACCCUGAGGUUCAUCAGAAACUCGCGGCCAACUACUGCGACGCAAGAGGAGACGCCAGUGGAGCCAUUCGAAGCCUUCAAGGGUGAAGGGUUCACAUUACGGACUGCUAAAACCAAGAGCGACUAACGAAAAAGUAACUGAUUUAAGAUGUUAAAUACCCUAGACACACAGCCAGCGCCUAAAACUAGGCACGAAAAAAUAGUACUUGAACGGCGUUUGAGCACUCUUGCUCGGAGCCGCGUGAACAUAGAUUCAAUAUGUCAAAGAAUAUGCUCCGUAAAAAAAUGCUUUUACCACUUUAAAGGUACACGGCUAUUGGCCCGCGCUAGACGCAUCGCACGCAUAUAUUUAAUUUCUUUAAUUUGCUUUGUAUGACUGAUUUCACAUAGUGCUGCGUAAAUGCCAGCGUUAACAUACAAAGCAAAGAUCUCCCUUGCAUACCGUGCUUGCGGUGCGUCCAGUGCGGGCCAAUGCAUGCG